AUGUUUUCGAAGCGAGGAGGCCAACCGACGUCUUCGUCAGAGGAUUUACUCCGAACGCAAAUUCGCGCGCAGGCGAGAGAAAUAGCAUCCCUGCAGAGAGGUUUAGUCGAACUGAGAAGAGAAAACGCGAAAUUAUCGGACAUGGAUAAGAGACCUCUGAUGGAGAAAUUUAAAGACAACGUGAAGCAACUCGGGAGAGACACCGAGUGGUUCAAAUUGACAAAAAUCGACGAGGAAAUCACGGUGAACACGUAUCGUUCAAAAACGGACGCGAAAUUUAACUUGAUUAAACAACCAGCGACGGUUUCCGCGACGUUUCCGGAGUUGCAGAACGCGAAGAUAACGGUGGAAACGUCCUCGGCGUUACCCGUGAGAAUAGAGUUGAAUUCGCAACCGUUCAGAAGGGAAAUUUUAUCGGUAAAGGCGAAAUUUGAUUUGGAACGACUGUUCAAUUUGAACAACGGUCCGACGCUGGUCGUGCAACCGACGCCGUCGGCGUUUAAAUUGAAUCGAGAAACAAAAUGGAAUCCGACGUUAGAAAAAGAGAUGGCAAUAGACAACGUGCACGUUGUUGGGAAAUAUACUAUUGUGAACGAUUCGGUGUCGUUAGAUCACGUGGACUUUGAGGCGACGACGACGCAUAAAGACUACGGACAGUUUCGGUUGAAGAAAGUAUCGCACCACACAAUGAUGGAAGAAACGAAAGAUGUGGACGCGGACGGGUAUUGGCAGUUGAAAUGGAAGAUGAUGGGGAAACAUGGAAUCACGUUGACCGGAGACGCGACGACAAAGGAUGCUGGGGAAGUUGAAGCGAGAGUGAAGAAGCACUUUUCGAAGAGAAUCCACGUUUCGGUGGGAGGAAAAGCCAUGGCUCAAGAAGUAGACGCGACGAUUGGGUAUCAGUUUAUCGACGAAUUAGCGGGUUGGGAGGUUAUCGCUAAGAGUGUAGCGACGAGAGAUGGCGUGCAGAACCCAGAGUUUCUAUUAAACCACGCCUGGGAGUUCAAGACUGAAAAUGUUUGA